AUCAGCCUUUCCUCCCUCUUACAUAGCUCCUUCUCACACAACCCGCCUUCCAUCGUUCGCCUGUUGUGUACCCACAGUCUCCCUCUCAUAUUCACGCGCUCGGCGUAUUUUUGAUUUUGAUCGAUCUCGUUCCCUUCUGCUCAACAAUUCACACCUCUACACCACGCAGUCGCGUCACUGUCCGCCUCGUAUUUUCCCGCUCCCCCCUUGAACUCGAACUUCUUCCCCCCAAGAACACAAAGUGAAAUGAGCUCCAGCAGGAGAAACUCAAAGCAGAUCUCGCCAGAGGAGGAGUUGAGCAUGCAGACGGUCAAGAGUCCUGAACCUCCCAAGCUCAAGCUGAAGCUGAAGCAGCCUGAGCAGCAGAGUCUCUCUGAGAGUGAUGUGAAGAAGAUGUUUCUCGCCGUUGAGGAGAACGAUGUCAAAGCAAUGAAGCCAUACCUCACGCAAAAGAAUAUGAAUCCUGACACACUCUUCGAGACGAAUAUCUUUGACGAGAACACGUUUACGUGGUCCGCACUUCAUGCAGCGGCCUACUAUGGAUCGAAGCAAAUUAUCAACCUGCUGAUGGAGCAUGGCGCAAACGUGGAGCUAGAGGAUACCUGGUACAGGGGCAGGCCCUUGGCCUGGGCAGCAUUUGGAGGGCAUUUGGAAGUUGCGAAGCUGCUGAUGGAGAAAUACGGAGCGGAUAAGAAGGCGACUAAUGAACAUGGUCAAGUUGCAUUGGAGCUCGUGUAUGAGCUGACGCCCGAGUGGCAGAGUGUUUUUGGCGAGGGCGCUUCAAACGGAUCAAGAUCCUCAAGACCAUCCAAGAUGAAGAAGAGCGCAGAGGACAAGGAGCAUGGCAAAGGACAUUCGAAGGAUGGCAAAGGGAGUAAAGACGGAAAGGAAGGCAAGGAGGGCAAGGAGGGCAGGAACACGGUUACUAUCCCUGCAAGCCCUUUGAUUGGCGCCUUCACGGAACUUUACAAACUCAUCUUGAACCAUAAGGACAAAACGGGUCGGGAACUCGCAGACAUUUUUUUAGCACUACCGUCCAAAGAAGAAUACCCAGAAUACUAUGAGAUCAUCAAGUCGCCCAUGUCUCUUCAGCUUGUCCUUGCGAGGAUAAAGUCAGGGCACUACAAGAACGUGGAAGAUUUCGACAGAGAGUUUCAGCUCAUUUUUGAAAAUGCACUCAUUUUCAACGAGGACACAUCACGGAUCAACAAGGACGCCAGAGUCUUACUGAAGCUGUUCAACACUCGCAAGAAGGACGUUUAUACCUCGUAUAGACUUAUUCAUAACUCCAAGACUGCUGGUGACAAGAGUGACCGGGAAGUAGUGAAAUCCCAUACGAAAGGUGGUGUCAACUACGUUGUGGGAGAGUUUGUACAACUAAGUGACCCUCACAAGACUAUUAUGCUCAUUGAACGUCUCGAGGUUGACUCAAGGAAGAAUCGCUACAUCGCAGGGUCAAAGUUCCUUCGACCAGAGCAAACCCUCCAGGUUCCAGGGCAAGUAUUUUACGAAAAGGAGGUACUCAAGACCUCAGGAGAAUGGGAAUUUGAUUUUGCACUUGUCGACCAUAAGGUCUAUGUUCAGGCUCACAAGGACUAUGUUCGUGGGCUAGUCCUGAACUUCGAUCCCAAGGACGUGUACGUUUGCGAGAACCGAUACUCAGAGACCGGAAAAUCCGCCUUCUUGAUCAAGGACUGGAAGAGGGUCUAUACGAUCGACCCGCUGCCAACACCAGUGAAGCCAUAUCCCUCGACACUCAAACUUCCAAAAUUCCCGGUAAAGAGUCUCGUCACCCCAGAUUCACCAGCAGACACCGUCGGGCAGUUCAAUGGAAGGCGCGCCUCCUCGACAGCACAUCAUGAUGCUUCCAAGAGGAACAAGCGGCCACGGUCAUCGACAAGACCCAAACCAGCAAAACGCAAGAGUCUGAGUACCGGUAACAGCGAUGAUGCUGAGGAAGACGAAGAGGAAGACGAGGAUGAAGAGGUUGAUGUUGACGGUGUCACUUCUCCUGAUCCACAGAGGCGUCGCUCCAGCCAGUUGCAACGACAACAGACGCUCCAGGUGCAGCAGAACCAUCAGCAACAGCAACAGCAACAGCAACAACAACAGCAACAGCAGCAGUUCCAGUCGCCACAUAUGCAGCAGCAGCAGCAGCAGCAACACCAACUUCAACAGCAGCAGCAGUUUGCCCAGCAACAUCGAUCUAGGAGAGUAUCUUCUCAGAUGAACGCUCCCAACGCUCUGCUCCAGCAGCAGCAGCAGCAACAGCAGCUACUAAUGCAUCAGCAGCAACAGCAGCAGCAACACUUAU